GCAAUUGCAAGUCAUUCCACAGUCGCGACUGCCAGUGGAUCAAGAACGUUUUCGAGAUCUGGGAUUGCACUCGGCUUGUUACUCUCCGCCUCAGGGAGCCACGACGACGACGACGACGACGACGACGACGCGGGUCGAACACCACAACCCAUCACAACAACCCACCCCCAGAACCGCUCUCGAAACAUGAUCAACGCAUUCCUAGUAUUCAACGGCCAAGGCCAGCCGCGCCUAACCAAGUUCUACACCCAACUUGACACGUCGAUCCAGCAGCGCCUCAUCUCCGAGAUCUUCACGCUCGUCUCGAACCGGGCCCCGGGCUCCUGCAACUUCCUCCCGCUGCCGCCGCUGCUCGCGGCCUCGUCCACCAGCAGCACGUCCUCGUCGGCACAGGAGCAGAACGACGUGCCCUCGUUCGUCACCUACCGCAACUACGCGACGCUCUACUUCAUCAUCAUCUCGACGUCGACCGAGUCGCCCCUCGCCCUGAUCGACCUGAUCCAGGUCUACGUCGAGGCCCUGGACCGACUGUUCGAGAACGUGUGCGAGCUCGACCUCAUCUUCAACUACGAGACGCUCCACGCCACCCUGGGGGAGAUGAUCGUCGGCGGCGUCGUCAUCGAGACCAACCUGGAGCGCAUCGUGGCGGGCGUCCGCGCCCAGGGCACGGUGGCGAAGCGGCCGGUGAACGAGUCGCGGGCAGGAGGCGGGUUGGGCGGCAGCCUGGGCGCAGGACUGGGGAUGGGGGGAAUGGUCUGGCAUGGAAGGUGAAGGAAGGAAGGAGAAAGAGAGCCCGGCGGAGGGGAUUUGAUGGUCCGGAGUUCCGGCGUGUGGAAUUAAUUGACAGCGAACAACGAGACGGGAUCUCGUCGGCAAGUCACGGCAGAGGCGGGAUGGGGCCGCGGGGGGGUUGUCAGGCCGAGACUGGCACUCUGCAUUUCAUGCGGCCAAGCGCCGCGCCAUUGGUUGCCGGGUAUCCAACGCCAAACUCCAGAUGGUGGAACAGUCUAUGAUA